UCCUUCUAUCCUCACCAUGGCCUUUCAAAACGCACCGUAUCACGCACAAAAGCCACCACCACCGUCAUCAUCAUCGCCACGGCCGUGCUUGUGCUCGCCUACAACGCACCCUGGCUCUUUCCGGUGCAGCUUUCACAGGAUCGUUUCCCGCAAAUACGUGCCACGAAGAUCGACGGCUGACAACGCCGCCACGUCGGAUUGGUGGACCCUGUCCACGUCGAGGAAAGCGAGUGCUCUGAAGGCUUUGUUGCUUCAGAUCAUAAACCCUUCGAACCAUCGGCUUCGGAGACGGAGGAAUUUUCAGCCAAGGCCUUCGAGGUUCUAUACGAAUAGCAAUACAAAUGGAUAUAAUAUUGGUGCAAAAGAAAGUUGAGGAAAUUUUUUUUUCAAAAUAGGUUUCAUAUCUAUUAUCUUGUUGUGAUAAUAUGUUGUCUGAUUUAAGA